AUGGCUGUUUCAUUGGUGUUAUUGUUUAUUGUUAUAAUGGUGCAGCGAUCAGAGGUUCAUCGCGUUGUUAUAGAUUACGAGCAAGUAUUUCUGAAGGAGAAAAGUUUGCCGCGGUUUUGGACUAGCACUGGGCUUUGUCCGCCAGCUCCCCGUGAGAAGGCCGCUGAAUUCCUGCUGUCUAACGACAGUCUGUUGAAUCUGGAAAUUAUUGCAUCUUUGCCCAACCAAGGACUUAAAUACGUUCGAAUUCACUGGCUGCUUGAGUUGCUGCAAUUUUCCCAUUACGACGACAACAAGUCUAUAUUCUACGAUUUCUCCCAUCUGGAUGCAUUGUUGGAUAGGCUGCACGAGUGCGGAUUAUAUCCUGGGUUCGAAUUCAUGGGUCUACCUGUCGGAAUUCACGAGAGGGAGAAGAACGAUCGUUCCGGGUACUUUUGGGCAGACCUAACUCUUCAGAUUUCAUCGCGUUACCUACAUCGCUACGGAAUAGCUUAUGUCUCCAAUUGGAGAUUCGAAACGUGGAAUGAACCUGAUCUAAAGGAAUACAACGUGUUGAACUUCACCGUCGCCGACUAUAUCACCUACAUCCAAUCCAUCCGUCUCGGCUUGGAUGCGGCCGGUCGUUUACUCAACUUGAAGCGAAACUUGCCCCUGCGAGGACCUGCCGGUUUAUUCAAAGCUGAACAGCACCAUCCAUUUUGCUGGACAGCAUUGGAACUAUGCAACAACGCCCCGUUGAAGUGUCCAUUCAAUGUGAUUACGUUUCACCGGAAAGGUAACGGCACCAGGGCCGAAGAGAUUGUGAAUGGUGGGAUACAAUUGUCGGAACAACUGGUCGCCAAGUUCCCAAAUUUAGGCGAUAUGAAGUUCUCAAACGACGAAGCUGAUCCAAUUGCGGGUUGGUCUACACCACGGGAGUUUCAAUCGAAUGUGAAAUACGCGGCCAUUAUGGUCUCGACGGUUCUACAACAUUGGUUUGGUAUAUCCGAUGGUCGACUUCCGAAGUUGGAUUCCAUUUCACAUGACAAUGGUUUUCUUAGUUACCAUCCGUUUGAGUUCGACCAGAGGACGUUACUAGCACGGUUUCAAAUGAAUGAAACAACACCCCGACAUGUCCAGUUCGUUGCUAAACCAGUUUAUUCGGCGCUUGGAUUACUAGCGAAUUUGGGUUCCUCUGCAACUGAUACAGCAUUCGCUGAUGGAAAUCUUACCUACGUUGUAUCCUACGACAAGGAACCGUUCUACUCGUGUUUACUACUGUCUAUAUCGAACGACACUUUUGAAGUUGCUGAGAAAAGGAGUAAUCUGACAGUGACUCUAACGUUACCUGAGAAUGUUUCCAAACUCAAGAUCGCUUACAUUAUCGAGGGUCUUCAAGCGGGUUUGAACGAUCCUAAGUUACUUUGGGCACAUUACGGGAAACCCUCUUACCCUAAUGCGACCGAAUUUGCGGCUAUAAGAUCCAUCCAAUUUCCGACUGUGCUGGAAGCGCCGAAGCAGGUACCGAAUGGCAAGAAAAAUUUGACAAUCAAUCUAAACCUGCGGACACCUUGGGUAGUAUCCAUUCGAUUAUGUGGAGCGAGUUCUUCUGCGUUGACAGGUGUCAGUAAUAUCCGAGUGCGGAAGAUCUACACUAAUGAAGUAAUGAUCUUCUGGAGUGAUCGUUCGCUGUCGCACAAAUGUGUCGCAGGAUAUGAGAUAUUUUUCCGUUCCAACCAAACAGAGUGGAUGCAGAUCAACAUCGGUCAGCAUACUCCAUUUAUGUUUUAUCAAUUUGUUUCAAACAACACCGUUGGUACAGCAGGUCUAUAUCGAGUGCGAACCAUUGAUUUGUUCGGGAAAGCUAGCGCCUUUUCGGCUGCUCAAUAUUUUGACUGCUGAUUUCAAUUAUCUCGGACCGCUAAUUAUCCUCGUCCCUGGAUACCGGUGCAACAGAGCGGUUAUUUUUCCAACUCGGAAUCGCGAUGAGAAGCUGUCAAAAAGUGGUCAAUAACGGAUAUUGCAUAAUGAAUCGUUUCAAUUUAUCAUAUGGAAGGGGCGAUCAGACAGCCUGCUAGGCUGAAGUCUAGUGGUUGACUUUAUUAGUUAUUGUAAAUAAUUAAAUAACCUAUAAACCAGUUUUAAAUGAAUAUAACUAGUCGAUAGUUA